CCCAGGAAAUAAAGUCUAGACAGUUCUGUCCUUGAGUAGCUAAACAAAAUCAAAUGGUGUAAAACGUGACUGCAGGGAUUAACUGAGAUGAAAUAAAAACCUGCAUUACAGGAACAGAUUUAUGACUGUUUGUUUACUUUCUCUGACCUCUUUGUAAAUGAUUAAUGAAAGGAGGAGCAAAUCCUUCUCUUGUUUUUACCUUUUCGUUAGUCAUUCAGAAGUUUUUUCCUAUAUUAUAUUUUCUUUUUUUUUGGCUAAUAUUUGUGUUACUGUUAAUAUAUUUCAGGAGGAACUUUGACAUUACCACAACCACACCAAGAAGGGGGAAACAUGGACUUGUAACUUUACUUUUAGUUGUUGAGAUUUUUCAAAUUUUGUGUUACAAUGGCAUCCUUUGGAUGGGAUUGUUUGUUCUGUUUUUUCCCUCUUCUGCUGCUGUUCCUGUGGGUUGUGGCUCUCCGAUGGCCCAGGGUGCAUUGCUGGUGGAGGCAGGCUGUCAGAGCUGCAAGCUGGAGUUUGUGGGUCAUUGUUUGCCUGAUCCUUGAUCUGCCACUUCACAGGAAUACAACAACAUGCACUAAGGAGGCAAAAUCCCCAGACACGGCAGAUAUUUUAUCAGGAUUAGGUGGAAAGCCAGAUGGAGCCAGGUUUAUCUGCAAGGCUACGGCUCUAGCCCAACAUGUGCAGCAGCACUGCAGCUCUCUGAACACGUCCAACCUCGCCUCCUGGCCCAGAGGAGACCCCCACCUCCAGACUGUGUCCGGCCAGCUGUGUGGACGAUAUGGAGACCCUGUUCAAUUCACGAGAGAGAACUUGCUACUGAAGGAUGGAGGGAUGGUGGCGCUGGACUGGGCUGUGGGGACGAGACACGAUGAUGGAGGAGUGAGGAAACGAUGGGAGCCAAGGAGAGAGCAUCAGCUGGGGAGGAAAGGUCUGUGCUGCUUCACCCAAACCCCUCCUGUCCUUCUCCUCAUCCCUCAAUCCUGGGGUGGAAUGACACCUCAUUUAAAGUUGCUUUCCCAGGAGGCCAUGCGGCAGGGCUUUUAUGUGGUGGUGUUUCACCAUCGUGGCACCGCGGGGUCCCCGCUGUGUUCAGCACGACUGACAGAGUUUGGAGACCCGUCGGAUCUUGAAGAGGCCGUGGCUUACGUCCACAGCCGUCGGCCGUCCUCCGCGCUGUUUGCGGUGAGCGAGGGUUCAGGCUCCGGCGUCCUCCUCUCCUAUUUAGGAGAGUGUGGAUCCAGCUCCCACCUGACUGCAGCUGCAGCCAUCUCACCUGUGCUGCUGGGCCAGCUGUGGUUUGAAACCCCCAUGCCUACCAUUUAUCGAUGGGGGGCGCUUUUUCACCGGAAACAGCAGCUCAGCAGAUAUGAAAACUCCCUCCGAGGAAUCCUGGAUGUGGAUCGGGCUCUCACCUCUUCAUCCCUCAAAGAGUUUGAAGAAUCUCUUUUCUGCGCCUCAGCUCAGCAUCAGCAGCAACAAUCCCCUCUGAAGGGUCUGGCCCCCUCGUUGGCAUGGACACUGGGGGAAAGAGCUCACCCGGCGAAGGACUGGGAGGGCUACUGGGGGAGGAAUGAACCUCUAAGGGAUGCGGAUGAGGUGGCGGUCCCCGUCCUCUGCGUCUGCAGCAGGGACGACCCCAUCCUCCCGCCGGCCUCCACCCUUCCCCUUUCCCUCUUCCUGAGCAAUCCUUACUUCCUCCUGGUGUUGACAGACAGAGGAGGGCACUGUGGGUUCACACAAGCAGAUGAAGGGAGGGAGGAGGAGGAGGAAAAAAGAUGGAGCCACAUCCUAGCUCUGGAAUACUUCAGAGUGGUGGCUGAUUUCCUGAAAUAUGAAGAGAACGAGGAAACGUGCUGGAGGAGGCCGCUUGAAGGAGGCCAGAGCGCACAGAGGAGGACAGAGACGCCGGCGGUCCCUCGUCGAAGGAGAACCAACGUGAUGAGGAGAACCAAAGCCCAGUCGACAGAGCACAGCGACGAUGCAGAAAGAGGAACCUUCACCUGGAAGAGGAGCUACACCCGCUAAAGGAUUUUCAGUUGUUACCGUUGCGCUGAAUAAAAUUCAGAAAUUAACUGUUGGCUUAAAAAAACUUAUAAUAAAUGUAACAUGGUUUUACCA